CCUGCCAGUGCCCAUCAGUGCCAUAUCAAUGCCACAUAUCAGUGCUUACCAGUGCACAUCAAUGCCAUCCAUCAGUGCCAGUCAGUGCCACCUAUCAAUGCCAAUCAGUGCCACCUAUCAGUGCUGUCAAUCAGUGCCACCUAUCAGUGCCAGUCAGUGCCGCCUAUCAGUGCUCAUCAGUGCCGUCUAUCAGUGUGCAUCAGUGCCGCCUAACAGUGCCUGACAGUGCCGCCUAACAGUGCCAGUCAGUGCCACCUAUCAGUGCCAUAUAUCAGUGCCAUGUAUCAGUGCUGCCUUUCAGUGCCCAUCAGUGAUGCCUGUCAAUGCCCAUCAGUGCCACCUACCAGUGCCUCCUCAUCAGUGUCCAUCAGUGCCACCUAUCAGUGCCCAUCACUGCAGCCUCAUUAG